CACAAGCAAUCCGGAGGUACAGACUAAAACGCGAGCGACGUGUCGACCGUGGAGCUAUACUGCAGGGCCCUGCGGAUUCUACACGCGCUGUGUCCUGCUGCUGUCCUGAUGCCACGUACAGAAGCUAGUCAGCAGUCCCGUACACAGACUGGAGACUGUCGAAAGUUGACGAGGUUGGAAGACCGAUGUGUCAGCUGGUGUGUACAAUGAUGCUGUCAACCUGUCAAGCAUCUGUGAAGCCGUCGGCAUCGGAAACAAUGACACGCCGCCGUGUUUAGUUGAAGAACUAUACCGUCUUUCAUUGAAAGCAAUCUCUACAGAGAAGAUCUAGCCAGGAUUCCUGGAAGCAUGAGCCACGCUGAGCGAGGGAGGUUAAUAGUAUCGCUCUACACAGAAGCCAAGUGGACGUGCGUCAGGUUCGCUCUAGCAUGCCAUCGCCGCGGCAACGACAACACGUCAUGGGAUCCGGCGGUGGUCGUCCUGCAACGAUGUGUCGACGGUCUAAGCACGGCGUCUGGCAUGGCGAUCGUGUCACUGCUGAGGGCCGCGGAAGUUCUGAUGCACAGGGUUGAUCUCAGCGACGGAGUAGUGGUUGAGGUGGUGACAGCAGCGUGGAACACAGUGCAGGAUCACUGGAGGAACCACGCGUGCUUCUGGAACAUUCUAGAAGCUGUCGUGCCAGUAGUGUUCCACGAGAAAUUCAUGACGAGUCCAGACGUGCCUUCUACAAUACUGGAGACGUUUAACAAGCAUGCCAGCUCACUGCUGCGCCGCGUGGCACGCCGACAGAGUCGGACAAGUGUGAUUUCAAUACAACAUGUAAUCAUUUAUUGA